UCGCUGGUUUGCAUAAUUUCGGACUAUCUGCGUUGUUCUAUCUUUUGUCGAAACAGUUUACCAUUUUCACUUGUAUAUCAUCACUGCAGAUCCACUGGCGGCCCUUGCAGUUUGCUUGACCUUUUGUGCCUACCACUUGGUGGUUUCUCCUUUUACAACUGUUGUACUACUCAUUUCAUUUUGUACGGUUGUGGUAAUGAUGACGGAAGGAGGCCCUUCUACGCUCCUCGAGGGCUUUAUACGGCACGUUCAAGCUCUCGCUCAAGACGAUUCUUAUGGAUACUUGAAAGGUAUUCUGGAAGAGAACACUGCCCUCAAAGAUCGUAAUCACAUACUCAACAUCACGAAUGACGAAAACGCCAGAACCAUCUCAAAACUUCAGCAGCACCUCGACGAGUCCACGAAGCGUGGCGAGGAGCGGGUUGACGAGAUAAACACGUUAACACAAGACAAAGUGCUCUUGGAGGCAAGGGUAGAGAUGCUGGAAGCUGAUUCUGAGACGAUCAAAGCCCAACUACAUGAUACUGAAGAUGAGGCCUCAAAACUACGAGCAGAACUAGCUGAGAAGACAGUUGAUUUGGAGAAUGCCCAGGCGCAGUUGGAGGGACACACAGAAAGAGUCUCCAAAGUACAGACAGAAUUGGACGAUAGAACAGCCGAGCUCGAGAACACCAAUGCACAACUGAAUGAGAAGGCAGAAGAGGUUUCGAGGCUACAAAAUGAGGUGACAGAGAAGACAACCGAGAUUGGAAGCAUUAAUACUCUACUGCAUGACAAGACGGAGGAAUCCUCGAGAUUGCAGGCAGAUUUAGAUGAGAGGAAAAUCGAGCUCGAAAAUAUCCUUACCCAACUGACCGAGAAAACGGACGAUAUCUCGCGGCUGCAAACAGACGUGGAGAACAAGACGACCGAGCUCCAAGACACCCAUACAGAGCUCACCUCAACGACAUCCCAACUCGAAGAAUCUCGAGUCGAAAGCUCAAAGUUGCACGAAGAUGUUGAAACCAAAGACUUGGAAAUUGUGGGCUUGAAGACUAGUCUUGAGGAAGGACAAUCAGCCAUAGCCGCAUCGAAGGCGGAGUUCGAGGAGGCGACAAAUGAACUACACUCAAUAAGGGAGGAUCUUGAGGCGAAGAAUACGAGACUUGGAGAGCUUAAUGCACUGUCGUACAAGAUGAAGUCUCCUCCGCAGAACCAAACACAUCACCAACUCCACAACAUGUUCACCUUGGCUUAUAGCUGGGUAGAGAAGAUUUUCACCGAGGACCUUGAGGAGUCUGCUUUCCAGACUGUCGCCUCGGGCACCGUCUGGGCAAAGAUUCGGAACCAUGGGCGGGUCAACCGAAUCAUACCACUACCGCUGUCCAAUACACGGGAAGCGAAACAGAUGCGUAUCUCCGCUGUGCUCGCUAUUCUCGCUUGGUCCCUGGCCCAAUAUAUCUUCCAGCCCACGUACCUUCUGCAGUGCAAUGAGCUAUCGGAUCUGCUGGCAGGUCUAGCCGACGGCGAUCCGGUACGAGAGAACUAUCUUCGAAGUGUCCUGUUGCCGGUAUUGCCUUCGAGACAGAAAUCCAAUGGCAAAAAGCGCAUCGAGCAAGUUGUUACGGAAGUCUUCACUGCAGUAUCCCCGGUGCUCUCUAGCCAGAAACACGACGAGUUUCGCAGUAGUCUCGAGGCCGUCUGUAAGCAGAUUUGUGGACAGUGGAUGCGAUUGCAGCUCCUCGACGAGAAGAUCGAGCCCAGCUUCGACGCAUACGAUGAGGAGGACUGGAAAUUGCUCAAUUUAUCGACCUUUGACGGCAGUGGCGUCGACACAAGAGCCGAGGACGCGGCUCCUGAGUCCGCGAUAGCCGACGAUGAGCGAUACCAGAGUGUCGGUGACAUCGAGGACAUUGCUGCCGUCCUGUGGCCAUCUUUCCUUUCCUUCCGCGGCGGAGAAUCCGAGCUGCUUACCGAGGGCCACGUCCUCAGCAAGGCUCAAGUGAAGCCAGCAUAUAACGAGGAGAAGGUCGCUCUCCUCCAGGGCAUCCACCGCGCCGCACGGCAGAUCUCUCGAAAGGACCGCACCAAGUCUUUUGUCACCAGCGGUGAGGACAUGAGCGCGGAGAAGAAUUUUUUACCCAUGGAUCCAGACGAGCAGCCGGGAGGCGCGUCGAUCGACAAGCCGCCUCCCGAGCCAAACGGGUCAGAAGAUGGGCUGGGAGGUGGAGCCAUAAACUGAUCAAUGGAAGUUCUGAGCUCGUCUAUGGACUUCCGAACUCUGAGACGAAUUUGGCCCGAGGGGAGGGCAGCGGAUCGAUAGGUGAACGUAGUGCCGGUAGAAGGACUGUAUGAUAC